AUGACUAUGGAAAGUGAGGAUCUAAGAUUCAAUUCAUACCAUUCAGACAAUGUCCAACUGUAUAACGACCAUCGAUCCGCGCGGAUUGCAGAUAAAUCUAGUGUUUUACGUAUUCACCCGGCGUUAGUACCUGACCAUAGGUACAAACUGAUAGUGGAGGGUAAAGGGAAGAUCGACGUCGUUUUGACACAUAAUGCUAAAGCUUUUGAACGCCAGACAAAAAUAACAUUAGAAAAAGCCACCUACGACACGCAUAUUUAUCACAUGCAUCUUCAUAGUGAUGAGCACCUGCUGAACAAUGGUAGCAAAGACGCAAAGGGAACAGAAAAGACUUGUUUAAAUUACAGUUUUGUUGUGGAAAAGGAGAGUAUGCAAAGUGAUGAUCACGCUUGGCGGAUUGAUGAUUUGAAGUGUGAACCAGGCCAGUCCUGGCAUCUCUUGUUUAGUGUGGAGGGAAACAUUAGUCUAAUAACCUUGCCAACAGAGGGUUGCCAAAGAGAGGAACAACUAAGAUUUGUUAGCGUUGAUGACCAUACUGAACACCUUAGUGUAGACAAAUUAACAUAUAGACGUUCUAUCGAAUGCACAGAGAUUUGUUUUGGGAAUAGACUGUUACAUCAAAAUGAAGAGAUAAAACUAAUGGUGAUGAGAAAGGAAAGUCACGCAGUGUGUGAGAUACGCGCUAUAUCCGACGAAAAUUUCAGAUGUUUGGUUAGGACAAACAGUGACGCCAGAUACAUGAAUAUUUGUAAACCUCAACUGUCCGUCGUUCUGCGAAACAACGUAUUAAGUGACCCAAUGACGAGUCAAAUCCAGGUCAAGGUUCCAAUGCAAUCAUCUGGAUGGCCAGUGUUCAUCUUUUCUGGUUGUACACUGGAGUUUGGUUCAGAUUUCCCGAGUCGAGGUUUGCCUGAGGAGCCUAUUCUAAAUGAAUUAACUGAAGCUUCAAAAGAGCCUGAACUACUUCAACAGAUACAGAGUGAAUUGGCAUCUUUAAAAGCAGAACUCGAUGUGAAAAGAAAAGACGACAUGGAACACCAGAAGAAACUACAGGAACAGUUGAGAGCCUCUCAAGAAGAAGCUAAACAGCAGUCUACUUCUCUGUUGGAGAUGAGAGACCAGCAAAGUGAGAUAUUAAGUGGCAUCAACGAUACAAAGACGGUAGUCAAACGUCAAACAAAAACGAUAAUGACCAAAUUAAACAGAUUUAAGACGAUGGGGAAAGAAGAUGGGUCGUUUGAAAUGUUGAGAAAGUACAUCAGUCCGAACUACAGCCGGAUUAAUAACUCUCUUGAAAUAAAGGAAUUUAUGGACUAUUUGCUACAAUAUGGAGUGUUAACUGAUCAGCAAUACGAUGACAUCAAGAACAGGAACCAAGGUGAACAAAGAUGUGAUCUACUAGAAAUUCUACGAAGGAAACCAGUAAGUUAUCUGCCAGAAGUGGUAAAGGCACUUGAGAGAAGUGGAAACAAACACUUGCUCAUGUAUUUCAAAGACACAUAA